CUAGUUUCUAUCCUCCCCACCAAUAGCGGGUUGUGCGUGGGUCGGAUAAGGAUGCUCUCGGGGACGAGCCGUUUCGCGGCGACCUGCCUGAGGCAGGUCGCUCAGGGCCGCAACACCGCUCUGCUGAACGCCGUGCGUGCUUUUGCUGCGGAGCCUGCUGCUGCUGCCUCAGCGGAUGUUGGCUUCGUAAGCCAGGUCAUCGGACCUGUGGUCGAUGUCCGUUUCGAUGGGGAGCUGCCGUCCAUCCUCAGCUCGCUGGAGGUUCAGGGACACAGCGUGCGCCUUGUUAUGGAGGUGGCUCAGCACAUGGGCGACAACACGGUGCGCUGCAUUGCCAUGGACAGCACUGAUGGCCUGGUCCGUGGUCAAAAGGUGCUCAACACUGGCGCGCCCAUUAAGGUGCCGGUUGGUCGCGGAACUCUAGGACGUAUUAUGAAUGUGAUUGGCGAGCCUGUCGACGAGCAGGGUCCCAUCGAUGCUGCUGAGGUCUGGUCUAUUCACCGUGACGCUCCGGAGUUCACCGAGCAGAGCACUGAGCAGGAGAUCCUGGUGACCGGCAUCAAGGUCGUGGAUCUACUGGCUCCCUACCAGCGUGGUGGCAAGAUCGGUCUGUUCGGUGGCGCCGGUGUGGGGAAGACUGUGUUGAUUAUGGAGCUGAUCAACAACGUGGCCAAAGCGCACGGUGGUUUCUCCGUGUUUGCUGGGGUGGGCGAGCGUACCCGCGAGGGCAAUGAUCUGUACCGUGAGAUGAUCGAAUCGGGCGUCAUUAAGCUUGGCGACAAGCGUGGCGAAUCGAAGUGCACGCUUGUGUACGGCCAGAUGAACGAGCCUCCGGGUGCUCGUGCCCGUGUGGCUUUGACUGGCCUGACGGUCGCCGAGUACUUCCGUGACGUGGAGGGUCAGGAUGUGCUGCUUUUCGUGGACAACAUCUUCCGCUUUACACAGGCUAACUCGGAGGUGUCGGCCCUGCUCGGUCGCAUUCCCUCGGCUGUGGGUUACCAGCCGACCCUGGCCACCGAUUUGGGUGGGCUGCAGGAGCGCAUUACAACCACCACGAAAGGCUCCAUUACCUCAGUGCAGGCGGUGUACGUACCUGCUGAUGACUUGACGGAUCCGGCUCCGGCCACGACCUUCGCUCACUUGGACGCCACAACUGUGCUAUCGCGUUCGAUUGCUGAGCUGGGCAUCUACCCAGCCGUGGACCCGCUGGACUCGACAAGUCGCAUGCUGAACCCGAACAUCAUCGGCGCCGAGCAUUACAACGUGGCUCGUGGUGUGCAGAAGGUCCUGCAGGACUACAAGAACUUGCAGGAUAUCAUUGCCAUUCUGGGUAUGGAUGAGCUGUCCGAGGAGGAUAAGCUGACCGUGGCUCGCGCGCGCAAGAUUCAGCGUUUCCUGUCGCAGCCAUUCCAGGUUGCUGAGGUCUUCACCGGCACCCCGGGCAAGUACGUCGACUUGAAGGAUACUAUCGCAGCUUUCAAGGGUAUCCUUGAGGGCAAAUAUGAUGACCUGCCGGAGAUGGCCUUCUACAUGGUCGGCGGCAUUCACGAGGUCGUCGAUAAGGCCGACAAGCUGGCGAAGGAGGUGGCGGCUCGCAAGGACGAGGGCAAGAAGGCCAAGUCCGCUGAGGCUUUGAAGGACGUGCCCAGCCUGGACAAGUUGGUUAGCGAGAUCAAGGAGGAGGUUGUUGAGGCUGAUGAUGGUCUGGAGGAGGACUUCAAGGCGGAGGCCAUCUCUAGCGAGAACAUGGUCCUGAACGAGAAGGGUGACAAGGUGCCGCUGCCGAAGAAGUAAAAUGCGCUCCGCUUGUCAUGCUUGAGUCGGGCUUUCAAGUCUACCCCUGUGCAGCAUACGACGAGGCAUUAAGGUUUUUUUGCCGGCCGUCAGCAAAGUUCCACGGGGUGUGGGUUCAUCUGUUGUCCAGAGCGUAGAAGCGAGCUUGCGACACGCGAAGGUUGGACUUGAACGAGCGAGGCGAUGCGGGAUUUGCUGUCGACAAGCGUGGUAGGGAUCAGUGCAACUCGGAUUGUGGACGGGACCAGAUAUGCGUCAUUUCGUCAGGCCGUGUUCUGGGCAGGGGCGAAAGGGGUGUUUCAUGCAUACGUGUGAUAAGUUGUUGAAAAGACGCUUGCCCACGCUGUGCAACAGGCUUAGGAACCUGAGUAUUAAGUUUGAUGGUGUUACCUAAAUGUUUGCACAUGUUCGUGGUCUGCGACCAGGUCGGUCAUUUUCGUUGUCAGCAAAGCUGGCGGUAGCAGCGCUGUUGUCACUGUACAGCGUUUCUGACCUUACGCGCGCGUACGUGGCGCACAGGCUUCAGAUGUGCGGUAGGUAGGUACCCCAUGUAAACUGACUGAUGGUCAGAAUCUCAUCAUCUUGGUCUGGGGACGGUGAAAAAACGACAUGUAACCGAUGACGAACUAGAAAGGAUUGGAUUACAGAUGUAAACAACGUACAUAC